AUGGCAUCGCUGGGCGAGGAUCUGCUUGUGACGGUGAACAAGCUCCAGGAUCUGGUCUUCAACACCAUUGGAAACGAUUCCCUCGACUUACCCCAAAUUGUUGUUGUUGGCUCUCAAUCCUCUGGAAAAUCCUCGGUCCUCGAGAACAUUGUCGGACGGGACUUCCUACCAAGAGGCAGUGGCAUUGUCACCCGGCGGCCUCUGAUUCUCCAGCUUAUCAAUGUCCCCAGUGAGCGCGACGAUAAGCCAGAACAUGAUGAGAUUCACAUCCCACACACGGCUGCAAGUGUUGCCGGUCAACACGAAUGGGCCGAGUUUCACCAUCUCCCCGGACGCAAAUUCGAUGACUUUGCGCAAGUGAAGCAAGAGAUUGAGGCCGAAACGGCGAGAAUUGCAGGAAACAACAAGGGCAUCAACAGACAACCCAUCAACCUCAAGAUCUUCUCUCCUCAUGUGCUAAACCUGACUCUGGUUGAUCUGCCCGGAUUGACUAAGGUGCCCAUUGGUGACCAACCCUCCGAUAUCGAAAAACAAACGCGAACCUUGAUUCUGGAGUACAUCGCCAAACCCAACAGUAUAAUUCUUGCGGUCUCACCAGCCAAUGUCGACUUGGUCAACUCUGAAGCGCUGAAGCUCGCUCGCCAGGUAGAUGCAAUGGGCCGAAGGACGAUUGGUGUUCUAUCAAAGCUGGACCUCAUGGAUCACGGAACUAACGCGAUGGAUAUUCUGUCCGGACGUGUCUAUCCCUUGAAGCUUGGCUUUAUCGGUGUGGUUAACCGAUCUCAGCAGGAUAUCCAGUCUGGUAAAUCACUUUCCGACGCUUUGCGGGCAGAGUCAGAGUUCUUCCGCCAUCACCCAGCCUACCGUAACAUGGCUAACCGGUGCGGGACACACUUUUUGGCCAAGACGUUGAACACAACCCUGAUGUCGCACAUUCGAGACCGGCUGCCAGACAUCAAGGCUCGUCUCAACACUUUGAUGGGCCAGACACAGCAGGAGUUGGCCAGCUAUGGAAACAAGCAAUUUAGCGGCGAGGAACACCGCGGGUCAUUGAUUCUCCAGCAGAUGACAAGAUUCGCUGCCUCAUUCAUCUCCUCCAUCGAUGGAACUUCCUCGGAGAUUUCCACCAAGGAGCUCUGUGGUGGAGCAAGGAUCUACUAUAUCUUCAACUCGGUCUUUGGAAACUCCUUAGAAACCAUCGAUCCUACCCACAACUUGACUGUUUCUGAUAUCAGAACCGCCAUCCGUAACUCGACUGGCCCUCGUCCUAGCUUGUUUGUCCCAGAAUUGGCCUUUGACCUACUGGUCAAGCCUCAAAUCAAGCUUCUGGAAUCACCUAGUCAGCGCUGUGUAGAGCUUGUCUAUGAGGAGCUCAUCAAGAUCUGCCACACUUGUGGUAACCAAGAACUUCUGCGAUUCCCUCGCCUUCAGGGAAAAUUGAUCGAGGUUGUGUCUGACCUACUCCGUGAGCGUCUGGGACCUUGCUCGAACUACGUGGAAUCUUUGAUCUCGAUUCAAAGAGCCUACAUCAACACCAACCACCCUAACUUCCUUGGUGCUGCGGCUGCUAUGUCUUCCAUCAUGCAGAACAAACAAGAUGAGGAACGCAAAGCCUUGAUGGCGGAGGAAAAGCGGAAGCGCGACAAACGCCGCCAGAAGGAAUUGGGAGCUGCCAACGGUACGGCCAACCCCGAAGAAGAGGAGCACGCCGAUUCCAAACAGAACCUCCCCAUCCGAACCCAAUCCACAAAGGGUUCACGGAGCAUGUCCCCGCACGUCGGCCGCAACGGCGAGAAUGGCAUCGCUGCAACCCUGAAUGGUGCCCAUCCGAAUCAUGCCGCAUUUGGUGGUUCGAAUACUGCCCGCGAUUCGUUCCUGAACUAUUUCUUCGGCAAGGAGGGUACUCACAACACGGCCAUGGCCCCACCAUCUGGAAUGAACUCCAACCGGCAAGCGAUCCAUGCCAAUGAACCCAGUAUCAGCCAGAGUAUUCGUCGCGCCGAAAUACGGUCUCCCGUUAUGCCUGCCGAAGAAUACACGGCACCAACCGAGUAUGGUGGCGAAGUUUCUGCUUUCCCUAAUGAGAAUACCGAGCCUGCACUUACCGACCGUGAGAUGCUCGAAACCGAGCUCAUCCGCCGACUCAUUUCAUCCUACUUCAACAUUGUGCGCGAGAGCAUUGCCGACCAGGUUCCCAAGGCUGUCAUGCAUCUCCUGGUCAACCACUGCAAAGAUGUGGUUCAGAAUAGACUUGUAAGCGAACUUUAUAAGGAAGAUCUUUUCAGCGAGUUGCUCUACGAAGACGAUGGCAUCAAGGCCGAGCGAGAGAAGUGCGAGCGGCUCUUGGAGACAUACAAAGAAGCCGCAAAGAUCGUGGGCGAGGUUUUAUAG